AUGACUGGGGAUUUGCCCGAUGACUUUUUGCGCAUAUCGCCAGCAGUUAAUCAAGGGCAGACAAUCCCAGUUCAGCCUAUGCCAUAUUAUCAGCCAACUGUAUUCAUGCAGCCAUAUCAACAACAACCAUUAGGAAGAUUAAGUAUCACACUACAACAGGUUCGUAAGUUGUUAAAUAUUAUUAAAUCUACUAAAUCAGUAAAAUCUUAUUAUCCAGGGACCAUGUAGCUAUGGGACUGGGUGGGCUAAAGCCCUUCCAAUAAUUUUGCCACGAAUAUUUUUAGAUGAAUUUCCAAAGGUAAUUCCAAUCUUUGUGUUAGAGCAAACACAAUUUUCAUUGUUAAAUGUACCUUUUUAUGCAAAACACUAACAGAAUGGUGACAACAAUUUGACAAAAUUUUCUCAGGGUUAAUAGAAAUAAACACCUUUCUGGUGAUUCAGAAGCUCUAAAUUUCAAAAUUUUUUGGGAGAACAUGCCCCCUGACCCCCUAGAAAAGCUCAUGCCUUUGUGCUUAUUGAGCUUGUGAUACGCAUGUGCUAAACCCAUCAAACCAAAAUAUGCUCCUGAUGCAGUUGUUUUAUCUCUCAAUUAUGCUAAGCAUAAACAACUAUUAUAAUAAGAAAAGAUGUUAUUUAUAAUAAGAAAUGGAUUUACGAAAAUUAUUAACCAAAAUUCCAAACUCCUUCUUUUCUGCUUAUUAACCGAUUUUGCAAAUUCACUGCCCUACAUAAAUUUAACUGGCUCGUCUAGAAUUUCAUGCUUUUUUAAUACUGUAUUGCAGGCAAUGCAUUUUAAAAUCCAUGAUAAGAUUCUGAUACAAAUGCUUCUGAGAAAAUUUCUUCUUGCACCCUGCCAUUAAUUAAAGGAGUUUCAAGCUAUGUUACUCACUGAUGAGAACAUGAUUCUUAGUUAUAAUUAGUAAAGUUGACUUUUGCAGGCCAAACUUGCCAAGAAUUAUGGCAUUACACGUAUGGAUCCCUACUGUCGGAUUACAGUUGGAAGCCAUGUAUUUGAAAGUCCAACGGCCCACAAUGGCUCAACAAGUCCCCGAUGGAACAAGUUAAUGUCUAUGUAUGUAUCAUUGCAGAUAGUGUUCCAGAUCUCACCGUGAAGCUUUCUUUCUUGCUUGACUGUGAAUGGUCUUUUGUUUUCCUCCAUUUAUGUGAUAUUCAUGUCAGUUAUGUGUGUGUCAGUGGCAAGCUGGAGCUGCACUUUUUAAGUUUUUUUUUUAUUUCCAAACAGUUCCUUGGUUUAUCCAUUAGAAAAAUAACUAAAAAUUGUUGGAAGAAUUGUUACACUGUACUACCAUUCUAAAAAAAGCUCACAUUAGAGGACUUGCAUAACUGAGAUUUAAUGUUAUUUUUAAAAAGAGAGAAUAUAUCUGAAAAAACAAACUGCUGCACACACACUCACAAAAACUGAACUCCUUAGUAGGUUUAUUGUACAUUCUUUUGGUUUUGUUGGUAAAUAAGACUAGUUUUGCUAUUCUCUUUUGCAGACCCAUACAAGAAGGUGUUACUAACAUAUAUGUCGAGGUCUUUGAUGAGGUAUUUUAGUUUUCUGUCAUCAAUAUAGACCUACCCAGUUUUAACAACUCCUUACAGAAGCUGAUUUUUUGAAGUUGUUAAUAUAUUUUAGUCCAAGCAAGUUGUCCAAUAUGUCAGCCAAGGAUCUCAAAUUAUCCACACGAAUACCAGUGCACAAUUUACUUCACAGACUCAUUUUACCAAAGUUCAUUUCUUAAAUGGCUACCAUUGUUUAAGGCUGCUGGAAGAGAAUUAAUUUUGUGGUGCUUGUUAGACAGAAUAAUGGAUGCUUAAUGCAGCCAGUACAAUAAUUUGAACCUCCACUAACGAAACCCUGUUAGGGUAACAUUUUAACAAGCAGCAUGGCCUUGAAGCAGCGGUGUAAGACAGCUGAAAUGUUGUCACACAACACAAAGAUGGGUUGAAACGGUGACAGCAAUGAAGAAAAGUACAAAAACAGUAGUAAAAAAAUUCUCUUUAGUUCAUUUUGGUCCUUGAAAGUCCUUUAAUUUUAAUCAAAGAACAUUUGAUAAGAAGCAUCGUCACUAUUUUUAUCUUGUUCGUUAUGGAAGGUAAUUCUUUGAUAAGCACUCACAAAGGAAUUUUCAUAAAAAAUGGUUGCCAUUAAACAAAAAGGCCCAUUAUUAUCAGAAUAUUUUUAUAGUUUAUUUGGAAUCUGUGUUGAAAGUAAUAAAUAAUGUCCUUGAAAUUAAAAAAUGUGGUUCUUGAACAGUCCAUGAAUUUUACAGCAGAAAAAGUGUACGAACUCGGAAAAUAUCAACAGGGACGUGGCUUCACAGCCUCCUCAAUUAUGUGAAUCAUUGGGUUUUGAAAUUCAGACUUAGCAGAGAUAUAUUUACCCUGCCCCCCUUGGAGGGCACCACUAAUGGACCCUUCUCUUUUAUUGUAUCCAAUCAUGGUCCCAGCCAUAAACAAACACUAAACUUUUAACCUUCCUUAUGAGGACACCUGUCCCAAGGCGGCCCUUUACCUUGCUCCCUGGGGUGUCCGCUUACAGAGGUUUGAAUCAAGUAUUAUUUUUUAUUAAUUUUCAUUUCAGCGAGCAUUCUCUAUGGAUGAGCGUAUUGCAUGGGGUCUUAUUCCUAUCAAAGAAGAAGUGUUUUCAGGAGAAACACUUGAGGACUGGUACCCGUUAAGUGGUAAACAGGGAGAUGACAAGGAAGGAAUGAUCAACUUAGUUUUUGCAUACAGGGUAAACAUUUCUUUGUAAUAAUUCCAUAAUCCUCACAACAUUAUUAGGGUUCUUAAACAGUUGAAACAUUUCUCAGGAAAUGCUUUGCAAUUCAUUAAGUGAAACUAAGGCAAGGUUAAAAUCCAUCCAAGGAGGUAGUGGUCUGGGAGCGCACUAAUAGGUACCUUUGCAUUGCUACUUUGCUUGAGGGUUGGUUGGCAGGGAUCUUUAAGGGUGUUUGAUUACACAAAAGCCAGAAGGAAAACCUUGUAGUAGUAAAUAUCAGUGUCCUUGAUUUUUAGUAAAAGAGAACUUUUGAGCCAAAAGUUCUUCAAGAAAGUUUUGGCCUUAGUGUAGGGCCAUAGCUGGUAGGAGGCACGACAAGACACCCACUUAGAGCUGUAAAAAUGAUUCUCAGAAAUUAUUUACAAUAGCAUGUCACAAAUGCAAAGGACUGAUUUGUUUUUUUAUACAUGUGAUGUAUGUUGCCUGCUCCAGUAAAUCCAUUACUGCUUGACGUGAUUAAUACUCAGGCAUGAUAUAUUAAUGCUCAGGCUUUACAGCUCUCUCAAGUGAGUGACUUCUUCUUUCCCCUGUGUAGAAAGUACCUGCACCACCUCCACAAGCAAUGAUCUACCCUAACAUGCCCGUCAUGAUGGUACCUCAGCCAGUGGUUCCGGGAACACAAGUGGUUUAUCCAGGAGGGUAUGGUCCCGGGCAGCCAGUACCUACUGGUCAGCCACCACAACAACCCCAACAAAGGCCCAUUAAUGAACAGGAUAUAGCAGGAUUGAAGGACAUGUUUCCCAAUAUGGAAGAGGGGGUCAUUCGAUCUGUUCUUGAAGCAAGUGGUGGAAGUGUUGAUGCAGCAACAACACACUUACUCAGCAUGACAGACUCUUGA